GUUCGUGAUGCGAGCAGUAUGGCAGCCGCCUGAGAGCCGAAUAGCCGCAGCAGGACUUCCCGGACUCGCAGCCCACUAUCCCGGUCUGGCAGGUGGGUGAGCCCGGUCUGGGCGUGUUAUGUGUUAUGUGCCGCACGUCCUCCUGGCAGGAGAGCUGGGCUGUAUAAUGUCAGGAAACCACCUGCCUGUACAUGGGGAGAGCAGUGCGAGGCCUGUCAUACCUUCAUAUUAAAUGUUACAGUCAGUCUGGGGGAUUCAGUAUAUACACACCCAGGGCAAUGAUCCCCCCAAUACUGGCACUGCUCAUCACAGCUUGCUAAUGUGUAGCCAUAUUCCAUUACAGAACACCUCUUACCUAUAAUCUCACUGUGCCCCCUCCCCUCCUAGAACACCUACUGCCUAUAAUCUCACUGUGCCCCCUCCCAGAACACCUACUGCCUAUAAUCUCACUGUGCCCCCUCCCAGAACACCUACUGCCUAUAAUCUCACUGUGCCCCCUCCCAGAACACCUACUGCCUCUUUAUAAUCUCUACCUGUGCCCCUCCCAGAACACCUACUGCCUCUAUAAUUCACUGUGCCCUCCCCUCCUAGAACACCUACUGCCUAUAAUCUCACUGUGCCCUCCCGCCCAGAACACCUACUGCCUAUAAUCUCACUGUGCCCCCUCCCCUCCUAGAACACCUACUGCUUGUAAUCUCACUGUGCCCCCCUCCUCUCCUAGAACACCUAUUGCCUAUAAUCUCUACCUCAGCUCCCUCCUGCACACCUACUGCCUAUAAUCUCACUGUGCCCCUCCCAGAACACCUACUGCCUAUAAUCUCACUGUACCCCCCUCCCAGAACAUCUACUGCCUAUAAUCUCACUGUGCUCCCCUCCCAGAACACCUACUGCCUAUAAUCUCACUGUACCCCCCUACCAGAACAUCUACUGCCUAUAAUCUCACUGUGCCCACCUGCCCUUCCAGAACACCUAUUACCUAUAAUCUCACAGUGCCCACCUCUCCUCCCAGGUUACCUCUUACCUAUAAUCUGUGCCCCCCUCCCCUUCCAGAACACCUAUCUAUAAUCUCUCUGCGCCCACCUACCCUCCCAAAAUACCUAUUACCUAUAAUCUCUCUGUACCCACCUCCCCUUCUAGAACACCUAUUACCUAUAAUCUCGAUGCCCACUUACCCACCCAGAAACCUAUUAUCUAUAAUCUCUCUGUGCCCACCUCCCCUUCCAGAACACCGAUUGCCUGAAUGUAUUCUGCCCAACUACCCAUCCAGACAACAUUACCUAUAAUCUCUGUGCCCACCUCCUCUUCCAGAAUACCUAUUGCCUAUAUUCUCUCUAUAUGAGCCCACUGUUAUUUCUAGAGCCAUUGUUACUUAUAAUCGAUUUACCGGCGCGCCCUAUCCCUAACAGACUGUCUAUUAGUAUUGGCUAGGCAUUGAAGCUCCUGGUCAAGUGGUCAGUCUUACCCAUGAAGCGGUCAGCUUUUACCGUCCUGGGAGUCCUAGGAAAGGAGGUUCACAGUCCCUCUGGUUUUCAUCUAACUAUCUAAUGUGUAUAUAAUGUAAUCAGGGUUUAAAACGGGAGGGAGACUUGACUUUGUGAAUUCUCAUACAUAUCUGAAGCCCCAUAGAUAUAUUUUGGUGAGAAACUAGGUACCCUUAUGGUCACUGUACUGCAGUCUAUUCUAACUUCACAUUUAUCUUUUCAAAAACAAAUUUGUAUUUUAUAAAUAGCUUAUUUUGCUUUGUAGUGCCAUUUUUUUGCUUUUUUUUUUUUAAAGUUAUAUUUUUUUUAAUACAAAAUAUUAGGCUUUGUAACAAGGUAAGACAAUCUGAAUCAUUUUAAUGUUUUUUUUUUUUUUUUUUCCUUUUAUUACUUAGAUUUAGUUUAGAAAGUGGAGCUCAGGGUGCAUUAUGAGGGAGUGGCAGUGUAGCACGGUAAGAUCAGGAUAUAUUAAUGUUUAUAGUCAAUCUUCUGGCCUUUUCUGUCAGCCCAAUUUCAGUGAUAUACAACACUCCAAGUAAUGCAAAUACCCCAGAAGGUGACAACGCUGAUUUAAAGUAGAACUGUCCCUUAUCUGGAAAUGGCAUACACUAAAAAAAAAAAAACAUUAAAAAUCACCAAUAACUCAUAUUAAAUAUUUAGCAAAUGACUUCCCAAGCCACGGACAGCCAGCUCACACAUUGCAAAGUAAAAACAUAAAUAAUAAAUAUGCCUUUAUCUGCUGAAUGUCAUAUGCAAAUAGCAGCAUAUAAAUGUGGUUGACAGGGGACGAGAUGGAGGAACCCAGUUUCAGGAUAAAGAGGUGUUGAUUUCUACAUUUAUAUAUAUAUUUUUUUAAAGACCUACCUCACAAAUAUGUUUGCAAAAUAUAGGGUAAGUAAGCAUAAAAUGAAUCCUGGGGAGUUAGAUGCCCCUUUUAUUCGGCUUUCUAUUUUUAUUUCAGUUUUACUCUGUGACGGUCGUUUAUUUAGGCUGUUGGGUUAGUAUGUGGUACGGCUUCCAUGGUGUAUGAUGGCCCUUGGAACGUUACCUGUUUCCUGUGUAUUCCAAGGUUGUACAAGGUUGAUAAUAUUUCAGUACCAAUCACUGUUUUGACCAGUUCGUCCAAAUCAAAACCCUUUUAAUCCACAGCUGGACUAAUCAGUUCAUCAAGGAUUUACAAGUAGAGUAUUAUUCAGCGAAUAAAACUCCACAGUUAAACCUGGGCAAAUAUAUUAAUUCGGGGUGUGGAUUAAAAUAAAAGGAUUUUGAUUUGUUCAAACCGUUCUAAGCACAUUUUUUGCACAAGUCUGAUCAGCACUAAUAGAUAUCUCCAUUUCUCCAGUAUUUAAAGGAUUAAUCCUCCUCAUAUACUAUAUAGUUCACUAUUACGUCUGUUUUAAAGGAACAUUUCAAGCACCAUAACUACUACAGGGCGCUGUUGUGGUUCGACUGCCUGGCGGCCCCACAUUGUCAAUAGUCAAACUAUUUUGGAAUGGUUUGAUUUCUUACCUAGUGCCUGCCAGGUGCAGACAAAAAAACUGCCACGUAGGAGUUUCCGAUGGCUCUAUUGCGCUAAGCCUUGCAUCACUGGCUUAACUCAGAGAGCUUCCGGGUCACUAAAGGCUGUACUGAGGAUUUUCUUGCCACAGGUAAUAAGUCAAACUGUUCUAAAAUGACUUAAAGGGACACUCCAGGCACCCAGACCACUUCUGCCCAUUGGAGUGCUCUGGGUGCCAAGUCCCACUACCCUUAACCCUGCAAGUUUAAUUAUUGCAGUUUUCAUAAACUGCAAUAACUACAUUGCAGGGUUAACUCCUCCUCUAGUGGUUGUCUACUAGACCGCCACUAGAGGGCAAUUCCUGGUUUCUAGCACAGGUUUUCUGUGCUAGAGCGUCGCUCAAUUCCCAUAGGAAAGGAUUGAAAGCAUUUUCAAUACUUUCCUAUAGAGGUCUAAUGCGCGCUCGGUCUCCCUCAUCGGAUGAUGUCGGUGAGGGAGGAGCGUGGGUGGACCCGAAACCACCGCCGAGGGACGUUGGCGGGGGUCUCAGGUAAGUCACUGAAGGGAUUUUCACCCCUUGAGCAACAUGGGAUGGGUAGUGGGAGGGAGAGGGUACCUGCAGUACCAGGAAAACGGUUUGUUGUUGAGACAGAGAUGUCAGUGUGGACUUGGCUGAAGCUCCGCAGAAAGAAUUGUUGUUAUAACUGCGAGCUGAUUCAUGAUGCAGCGUUAAAGUAAUCUGAACCGACCUUUACCACAAAGAAAGUCGGAAACCACCCUUUAUUUAGAGCAUUUAUUGCUAUUCCACUCCCAUUCCACGGACAUGUUAAUGUAAUUCUUUACAUCUAAACUAAUAAAUACAGUAAACGUCUCUUUAAAAAAACAAAAAAAAAACUAAAUUCAAAAAUUUGCAUCUUAAAAGAAAAGAUCCACUUCUGCAAUUUAGAAUGUUAAUUAAAGUCAAAUGUGAAAUUCUCAGUAUAUUGUAUUACUAUGAUCGUUACUGUGAGUUCAUGGACUUUAACCUGAAUGUACAGAACUAUAUAUCAUUUAUGCAAAUCCUGUGUUUACAUUUAAAUGGGUGUCUUAAUGAUUAUCUUUUCCAUUAGGUUCUGUAAUUCAUCCCUCAGUUAAGAGGAACAUAUUGCUGCUGGUUUCUUCAUUAGUAUGGAAAAUGAAGAUGACGAUCCAAUUAUACAGGAGGUAGAGACACCACGCUUUCUAAUCUAUUUGAAAUUUUCAUAGUAUUGUUAAUGCUGUGUAGAUGUCCUCUAGACUGUAAUUUUUUUUUUAUGCAGGCUCCUUAACAACCUAUUAAUCCUUUAACAUUUUGUGUCUUUUAUUGUUAUAUUUCCCCUUUUAUUUUAUUGUAAAGCGCUGUCGAAUAAGUUGGCGUUAUAUAAUUGCCAAUAUAAUAAUACUAGAGGUUGUAUUGUUGAUGAUAUAAAAAAAAAUCCCAAAUUUUUAUUUAUUUAUUGCCUGUCACUGUAUGUAAGUUAACAUAAGAAAUCUGCAACAACAGUUUAAAAAAAACCAAACACACUCAAACGGUAUCCCACUUUUAGUGACUGUGCCUUUUUAAAGGGACACUAUAGGCACCCCGACCACUUCAGCUUACUGAAGUGGGCUGGGUGACGUGUCCCAGGUCGCUUAACCCUGAGCAAGUAAUUAUUGCAGUUUUUUUAAUAAACUGCAAUAAUUACUAUUCAGGUAACUCCACCUCUAGUGGAUAUUUAACCCUUUUUGCACCACGGGGCUGAGCCGUGACGGAGGGGGAAGCUAUAGUGUCAGGAAUACAAGUUUUUUUUUUGUUUGUUUUUUCUUGCGUUAUAGUUUCCCUUUAAGCCCCCUUGUCGAGCCCCAAGCUCAAAUCCUUGCUAAACCUAACUGUGACCUGUCUUAUUGACGUUGCUCCCCAUUGGGAGACUGUCAGUUUUAUACACUAAACAAUGAGAAGUGACCAGUUGCUAAGCUGAGGUCAAUGUAUCUGACCUGGAAAUUUCUACAGCUCUUUUUUUACCAGCGUAGUAUUUCAGCCUAAAAUUUGCAGUGCCUGGUUACUUCCCAGAUUAAUGACUGACUGGUAUGUGUAAAAAUUACUUGGUUGUAUUAAGUGUUUGUUGUCAGUUAUUGGUUUAGCAACUACCCUGAUGGAAAAAACCCAUAUAUUUGCAUUUUUGUGCAAAGUGAAAUAAUUGCACUGAAAAGAGUGCCCAAUGUAAUUUGUAUCUUGUACAAACUCUUAGUGUUCAUUAAACCAGAAAAUUUGGUAGCAACGUUGCCACGUUUAGAUCAAAGGAUUCAGUGACUGAGCCAGUUUAACAUAACAUUCUACGUUUUUGGAGUAGUGUUUUAAGUUAAAACCCUGUCAAUGACAUCUCUUAAAAACAAAAAAACAAUAAUAGAACAUAGUUCACCCUCAGACCUUCAUCUUUUUUAAUACUGAUAUUUAAAUAAAUUGAAGUGGCUGAUAACCACUGGCUUCCACUUAUUGCUGUUCAAAUGUCUUCAUGCCAGUCUGCAGCAUAUGAAGAACUAAUGACUUGCAAUGAUAACACAGUCAGUCUGACACUUUUGCCUCUCCACUAAUAAUCAUUGAAGACAACUAGAGGCUUAGGAUUGGCUGAAAGAUCUGACAAUUUCUGCCAAUCACAUGUUUUCUGUGGGGAAAACAUGCAGAACAGAGGCCGUGAUCUAUUUAUUUUGAAUGCAUCAGACUAAAAUGUGCAAUUAUUACAUCCUAAAACACCCAUUAUAACACAUUUAGUAUCAGAUUUGUAGCAAAUGUUUUUAUGAAGAAAAUUUUCAGUACUCUGGGUUUUAGUCUGACUCUGAAAUGCUGCUCCAUUGACAUCCAUUGUUUCAACCAGACAAACCAAGUGUCAGGACAAGAGUACCCUUGUGCACAUUGUGAGCGCUCCAAGAGAUGUGACCUCUGGGAGACAUUGAAUACAUGCAGCUAUUCAUGCUGAUAUCCUAGAAUGCCGUUAUUUAGGAGUCGGUGUCGUCUAAAAGGGAUUUAAGAAAUAGAUGUGAUUUUUUUCCUUAAAGUGCCCUAGACAUCAGUUGGAAAGUUAAUUUGCUGUUCCUUGUUUUGUAUCCCAUAUAUAGCAGGGAUAUGUGAUCUUAUAUACUAUCUGCGCAUUGGCCUACCUGUAUAAUUAUGUCUGUAUGCACUGCUCUUAUUCACAUAAUGCAAGUUAUUAGUCCCAUUAUCUGAGUUUAAUCUCCCUUAAAAAUCAGGUUUCUGGUUGGCAAGUUUAUCAGUUGAAUUAAUUUUGCUAUUUCAUUUACCCUACCAGAUCGAUGUCUUCCUGGCUAAAAGCCUGGCCGAAAAACUCUACCUGUUUCAGGUAAGCUUCUAAAUUGUGAUAAUUCCAAUUAAGAUCAAUUCUGCUGCUUUCUGUGAACAUGAGAAUAUUGAGAGUUUGCAAGACUUGUUUGUAUUUUUGUUUAACUCCUCCUCCCGGAGCCUUUAUCAAGUCUGUUGAUUGAUAAAGCCUCAGAGAAGAGACAAAACGUUGCCUCCACUUCCUUGUUUCAAAUAAAGACUGUCUCUUUUAGAAGAAACUUCAGGUGUUCCAAUUGUUGUAAUUUAGAACAGAAUGCAGUCUAAUGGACAAAAAACACCCACCCUGCAGCAACCCCCAUUUCUCAUUCAUUGUUUACAGCGUCUAUGACCCUGAUUCCAAGUGCAUGAUGCUUGGUUGCUUUUGCCAAUAAGUACAUAAUGAAACCUUGUAUGUUUCCUUUAGUACCCAAUCCGACCGCUGUCGAUGACCUAUGACCGAGUGACACAUUUAUCAGCAAAGAUUAAACCAAAGCAACAAAAGGUAUGUGCCCCCCGGCUUUAUUUGCACUUUAUUACAUAAAUCAUUUUGCUAUUUUGAAAUCAUUGCUGCCGAUUCUUCAAGUAUUUGUUGCAUUUAUUUUCCUGGUGCUGUUGUCUGUACUCUGUGAAUGCCAGAAGUGUCCCCAAGACAUGGAUUCGCAGUGCGUUAGGACAACGUCUGGCAAUCAGAUGGUUCAACGUGUUCUCAUUUCUACAUUCCUUGUACUGUCUUUUAGGUGGAAGUCGAUGUGGCUAUCAACACAGUGAGCCCCAAUUACUGUCGCAGUAAAGGGGAACAAAUUGCUCUGAAUGUCGAUGGCGCCUGUGGAGAUGAAACCAGCACAUUCUCAACGUAUGUACAUGCUGACUGUAUGCUCAGCGUUUACCUUAGUAAAAGAACAUUAAAUAUUCUAAUAAAAAAGGGGUCUCCAAACAUACACACUUUGGGUGCAACAUGUUGGUUAUGCCGGCUGGUAUUUUUUUUAUAUAUAUCAUUUAUUGUUUGUUUUUAUUGUUUCUGGCUCCAUAGCCCUAUCCUUUUUAUCCAUAUUUUCCAACUUGCAGUGUUUAUUUCUUUGUUCCCUUAAAGGAACACUGCAUUUAUAUUUUUUAACAGUUUAGUAGAUAUACCCCAUGGAACUGUGAGUGUAUUUUAUUUUCUGUAUGUUUUCGUUAGGGUAAAUGAACAUAAAAAUAAAAAAUGGCUUGCAAAAGUUGCAGAGUACCAUAAACCAUGCACACCAUGGUUUUAGUUUUAGUCCAUCUACUUUAUGUACUAGUGCCAUUUACUGUCCCUCAUUCUGCAGACUUUACUGUCUGGCUCUAUUUUUCUCUGUUACAACACAACUAAUACCGGGAGGUUUUCAUACCUGUUGACAAACCGUUAAAAUCUGUUUCCUCCAAGUUGCUUCUCUUCUCCAGCUUAUUCAGUCUUUCAUGAUGGUUAAACGCCAUAGAACUUGUUUUCUGCAACAAUUGAAUAGUCUAUCAGUUCUCCAACAACAUUAGCUUGAUAUCAGUCCUGCACCACCACCACCUCACACUGCUCUUAUUGUGUGUUACCUGUACAGCAAUCCGCAACCUCGCAAAGUACUACUGCAAUUCUGUCUGGAGGAAUUCCCUCCACUUCAAGUUUAUACUUUUAUUAAUAAACCUGUACACCUCUCAAAACAAACCAUUUACAUUGCAGAGUCUAUCUAGUUAUCAAAACCGUUUGGGGUUUUGUGUGUGCUUUUUUUGUUUUGUUUUGUUAUACUUUAUUUUGCUGUUAUUUAUAUUUCUUAAAUAAGAAUUUACUUACUAACAGGAAACUUAUGGAUAAGCAGACAUUCUCAUCCAUUCAAGCUGCAAGCAACACAUCUCGGUAUGCAGCGGCUAUAUUUCGAAAAGGUAUGCUUAAAUUAUUAUUGGUCUCUUUUUUUACAAUCUAUGUAGUCUCUUAACAAAAUAUUACGUUAGCCUGAAUGGAGUUAAAGGGGCAACUAUAGUGCCAGGAAUGCAAAGCUGUAUUCCUGGCACUGAAGCUCCCUCUGCCUCCCCCUUCACUCGUGUCCCCGCCACAGUAAAUAAAGUGUUAAAAAUCCUUUAUUUAUUUGCCUUAUCUCCACCCGAUUACGGUGAGGGAAAAAAGUAUUUGAUCCCCUGCUGAUUUUGAACAUUUGCCCACUAACGAAGAAAUGAUCAGUCUAUAAUUUUAACGGUAGGUGUAUUUUAACAGUGAGAGACAGAAUAAAAAAAAAUCCAGAACGCAUGUCAAAGUUAUACAUUGAUUUGCAUGUCAAUGAGUGAAAUAUGUAUUUGAUGUAUACGUAUUUGACCCCUUCAACUUAGUACUUGGUGGCAAAACCCUUGUUUGCAAUCACAGCGGUCAGACAUUUCUUGUAGUUGGCCACCAGGUUCACACACAUCUCAGGGGGGAUUUUGUCCCUCUCCUCUUUGCAGAUCCUCUCCAAGUCAUUAAUUAUUUUCGAGACUGAUGUUUGGCAACUCAAACCUUCAGCUCCCUCCACAGAUUUUCUAUGGGAUUAAGGUCUGGAGACUGGCUAGGACACUCCAGGAAAUUAAUGUGCUUUUUCUUGAGCCACUCCUUUGUUGCCUUCACUGUGUGUUUUUGGGUCAUUGUCUUGCUGGAAUACCCAUCCACGAACCAUUUUCAAUGCCCUGGCUGAGGGAAGGAGGUACUCCCCCAAGGUUUUUGAUGGUACAUGGCCCCGUCCAUCGUCCCUUUGAUGCCGUGCAGUUGUCCUUUCCCUUAGCAGAAUCACCCCCAAGGCAUUAUGUUUCCACCACCAUGUUUGACGGUGGGGGUGGUGUUCUUGGGGUCAUAGGCAGUAUUUCUCCUCCUCCAAACAUGGCGAGUUGAGUUGAUGCCAAAGAGCUUGAUUUUGGUCUCACCUGACCACAACACUUUCACCCAGUUCUCCUCUGAAGCAUUCAGAUGUUCAUUGGCAAACUUCAGACAGGCCUGUACUCUAGCAGGGGGACCUUGUGGGCGCUGGAGGAUUUCAGUUCUUCAUGACGUAGUGUGUUAUCAAUUAUUUUCUUGGUGACUAUGGUCCCAGCUGCCUUGAGAUCAUUUAAAAGAUCCUCCCGUGUAGAUUCCCCACUGUUCUCAAGAUCAUUGAAACUCCACGAGAUGAGAUCUUGCAUGGAGCACCAGACUGAGGGAGACUGACAGUUAUUUUGUGUUUCUUCUAUUUGCGAAUAAUUGCACCAACUGUUGUCACCUUCUCACCAAGCUGCUUGGCGAUGGCCCAUUCCAGGCUUGUGUAGGUCUACAAUCUUGUCCCUGGCAUCCUUGGACAGCUCUUUGGUCUUUGCCAUGGUGGAGAGUUUGGAAUCGGAUUGCUUAUGUGGACAGGUGUCUUUUAUACAGGUAACGUGCUGAGAUUAGGAAAAGUCCCUUUAAUAGAGUGCUCCCAAUCUCAGCUCGUUACCUGUAUGAAAGACACCUGAAAUCCAGAACUCUUGCUGAUCGAUAGGGGAUCAAAUACUUAUUUCACUCAUUGACAUGCAAAUCAAUUCAUAACUUUUUUGACAUGCGUUUUUCUGUUUGUUUUUUUGUUGGUUUUUUUGUUCUUCUGUCUCUCACUGUUAAAAUACACCGUUUGUCAAUGGGCAAACGUUUAAAAUCAGCAGGGGAUCAAAUACUUUCCCCCCUCACUGUACAUACCUGGUAGACAGCCACUGGAGGCGGACUUAGUGCUGCAGUGUAAACAUUGCAGUUUCUCUGUUGGAGAUUUCUUAUUAUUUAGGUGAUGGUGACAUUAGGUAACUGUGCCCCUGAUCUCACAGUGUGCAGUUCUUCAUGUAUAGUUGGCAAAGUCCAUGUGAAACUUAAACGUAUUAUAGGUUUUCUUGAUCCAGCCACCAUUUCACCCCUAUUUUUAUGGCAUCUCAUCCCUUACACAGGUGAGCUUCAUGUGACACCUCUGCAUGGUUUGCUGCAAAUGCGUCCCAGCUUCUCCUACCUGGACAAAGCAGACACUAAACAUCGAGAGAGAGAAGCUGCCAAUGAAGGUAGCAAUGUUACAAGACUAUGGUGUCUUUUGUGUCGGUUCUCGGUUUUAGCAAGGUAACCAUACUUAAUAUGUGCUUUUCCUUAGCAGCUGGAGAUUCAUCUCAGGAUGAAGUUGAGGACGAUGUGAAGCAAGUGACUGUAAGUCUAACAUGGAAGUUGCUGCCAAUUUGUAUUUAUUUAAAUUUUUUUUUAUUUCUCACUGCUGUAAAUGUUCACGUUGAGGUUUAAGCAGGGGUGGCCAGGAACUGUAUCCUCAGUUGUUGCAGAACUAUAACUCAUAUUAUACUUUGCCAGCCUUACUGCUCGCAAAGCAACAUGGGAGCUGUAGUCCUGCUACAUCUGGGUGUCUACCAUUUGGCCACUCCAGGUCUAAAUGGUAGAGGAGUGUGUCUAAAGACAGGUGUAAGUAUCUUUUGUUUAGCUUUAUUUUUUUUAUCUGCGCAUAUAUGUGUGUGUGUGUAUUUAUAACAAGUCAAAAAUGGGGUCAUUUCCAGCCUUACAUGUCCCUUUCUGUUGGCCGCAAUUUCCUGUGCUCUCCUUGUAAUUUGUGGACGACUAGAAUUGUGUUUUCAUGGGUCUUAAUGCAUAAGAUGCUCUUAUCUAGAAAUAUAGUAAUGGAAUAUCGUGAAAGGCUCGCUCACAUUAAAUAACAAAAUGGACAUGAUUGGAAUUCACCUGUUGAUUUUGUUUCUUCAAUAGCGGAUUAUAAGUUGCACUCUUACAUUUCUUUCAUAUUCUUUCUCCUCCUUCUUUGUUGUUUAGCUCAAAGUCGUUUUAUAGCCAUCAUUUAAAAGCUGAACUAGGUGUGUUUGGGUGUCUCCUGAUUCUAAAAGUAUUGUGUUGUAGCAUGCAUUGCUUGUCAUACAGGAUUAACUGUCUACCAUCUGUUAGAAGGUGAUGAGUAAGACAUUCACAGUGAUCGAGCUCCUCCUUUUAUGAAAUGUAUUCUUUUAAAUUUGUUCUCGGGUAACUAGUAAAACACUGUGUGGGAUCUGCUGUUAAAGCAGUCUUGGGAUUCAAUUGCAGUAAACUGACACUUCAGGCAGGAUUUGACCCAUUUUUCUUUAAAAUCCACUUAAUCUAAAUUAAUAGAUUAAUACAGAUACUUCUACUCUGUUCCUGCACUUAAAGGACCACUAUAGUGCCAGGAAAACAUACUCGUUUUUCUGUCACUAUAGUGCCCUGAGGGUGCCCCACCCUCAGGGUCCCCCUCCCGCCGGGCUGGAUGGAGAGGAAGGGGUUAAACUUACCUCUUUUUCCAGCGCCGGGCAGGGAGCUCUCCUCCUCCUCUCUGCCUCUUCUCCUCCUCUUCUGCUGAAUGCGCAUGCGCGGCAGGAGCCGUGCGCGCAUUCAGCCAGUCCAUAGGAAAGCAUUCACAAUGCUUUCCUAUGGACGCUGGCGUCUUCUCACUGUGAUUUUCACAGUGAGAAACGCGUAAGCACCUCUAGCAGCUGUCAAUGAGACAGCCACUAGAGGCUGGAUUAACCCUUACAUAAAAAUAGCAGUUUCUCUGAAACUGCUAUGUUUAUAGAAAAAAGGGGUUAACCCUAGAUGGACCAGGUACCCAGAUCACCUCAUUAAGCUGCUGUGGUCUGGGUGCCUAUAGUGGUCCUUUAACACCCGGCUAAACCUAAUCUAAUCUACACAGAGCACCAAACGUAUCUGGGUGUCUGGAGUGUUAUGGUUUAAACUUGGAGCACUACCUGUAGUUGCAAUAUGCUGUUUUUCUUUUUUUGAUAUUUUGCUUUAGAUUUUAGGAGUCGUGGAUCGCUUAAAUAGUUAAUUUUAUUAUAAAAACACACUGAGGGUGAUCAAUAGGUACCGCUGGUAUCAUUUUCUAAGAUGUGUGUGUCACUAGCUUGGUAACCCCCUUCUUCGAUGAGAAAAACACAUUGCUAUCCAUUCUCUAAUAGUGAAAUCAAUGUGACACAUUCUUCCACUGAAAUAAAUAACAUUCUGCACAGCUGCUUGUGGCCUAUAUUGUCUACAUAUUUCAACCAAUGGAGAGCCAUUAAGGCUGUAGGUUAUGUCCUCUGCUUACUAUUAUUGUGUUCUAUUGGACACCAUCCAUUUAUGAUUUUAAUUCUUUCCCGUCUUCAUUGCAAUGGAAUAGUCUGUACUAUCUUAUUAAACGGUAUCCUUUAACUCGGUGCUUUUACCCCACUGUAGGUACGCUUCUCUCGCCCGGAAAGUGAACAAGCACGGCAGAGGAGGGUCCAAUCUUAUGAAUUCCUGCAGAAGAAGCAGGCCGAAGAGUCCUGGGUUCACCUUCACUAUUACAAUAUCAAGGUACGCACAACUUACCUGCAGAUGCAUAUCAGGAGUUAAAGGAACACAAAUGUGUUUCUAACACUAUAAUUCCCUGUUGGGAGUUAAGAUUACCCCUGCUCCACUCUCUGAAGGGGAAAAAAAGCAGCUUUGUUUACCUUUUUUCCUUAUGGAGCAAAACUCUGUACGCAGCAAGACUGAUGAGUGACCGCUGCUAGAGACAUUUAAACCCUGCGAUGUAAACUUUGCGGUUUCUGCAGGAAGACAAUGUUUUACAUUAGGCAGGGUUAAAAAGACCGGGGAAUGGCACCCAGACCACUUCAUUGAGAUGUAGUAGCCUUUUGGUCAAGAAAACACACCCCUACUAUUCUCCACACUUAAUUUCACAUUGCUGUUGAUGUCUGUCAAUAGACAGUCAAUGGAGGGCUACAUGUACAUUGGGGGUUCUAAAGGCAUUUUACAGUUUGUGGUUAAUUAUGAUUUCUCCAGAGCCACUCAAAUGCUCUAUUCUCCCAUACUACAUCUAUAUCUGUUAUGGAUCAUGCAUCCUAUAUACUAUAUAUAUUAAUUUCCAAGUACAUCCAUUUGCGUGUAAAUGCCUUCUUGAAUAAUGAGCAGGUUGCUUUAUAUGAUUCCGUAUUCAAUGAAAUCAUGCUGUACUGGAACAGUUUAUAGAAUUUCAGCACUAGCAUUAAGAGGACCAGGAUUUGCUGGAAAGUCUUAGCCAGUUCCUAGUCUCUGCAUACAGCCCUUUGGAAGAAGCAGAUUUUCAGGUUUUCUUCACUCAGUCAAUCAUCACUGUUGGUGUUGGGUGAUAUAUAUGUAUGUAUGUAUAUGAAAAUUCAGUAUUAUCAAUGUGGCUAAGGGGGGGUUUCUGGAUCCCAGGAAGCAACACAUUUUAUAUAUAUAUAUUUUUUUUUGUCAGAAAUCUGUGGGGCAACCCCAGAUACAAUUAGAGUAGCCAUGAUGACUUUUUAUUUACAUCCUGGGAAAUCUCACUAUUUGUGCUCCUUUAGGACAGUCGUACGGAGCUCGAGCGCCAGUAUUUGCUGUGCCAGAAUACAAACACAACCGAGAACACAGAACUAAUGAAAUCCCCCAGGUAAAUACUUUGGAUCGAAAGUUCACUGGCUUAUUUACUAAAGGGAGAAUUUAAAUUUAAUGCCAGAUGAGCAGAACGUACAGCGUAGCUGGCUUAGACAAUUUUUCCAGUUUCACUAUUUUGACUUUAACUUUGAAAUUCGCUUUAAAUUCUCACUUGGGGGAUAACACUGUUAAUGCCCAACAAUCCCCUGUGUCCUUCUUCCCAUUUCCUUCACUUUACGCUCUUACUUUGUUCGAGCCCAAUUCAGCCUUUUCUUCCCUUUUUACUCAAAGGGUUAUCAUUCUGUCCUGCACAGAGCUAUUUACCAAAAAAAAAAAAAAAAAAGUAGCACAUUAAAUCCAAAUGGCAAUAUUGAGGCUAAAAAUUCUGAUCUGCGAUAAGUGGGUUGUAGAAUUUUUCCAAACUCUUUAUUGGUCUCAAUUUUGUUAUUUUGAAGUUAGAGUUCAAUGAAUAACCUUAAAGUAUAGUGUUAACUAAAGAAAAAAACAUUUACAUUGGAACUCUGUACAAGGUUUUAGAUGUUCUCUCCAUGAGAAAUUGGUAAGACCAUCCCAUCUUAUCCUGAAAUCUGUUCUUUUCCACAGUGAAUAUCUGGAGAUGCUGAUGCCUCCCUGUGUCGAGGAGGAAACGUAAGUGUUAUCCCCCCCCCCCCCACUCCCCUGUUUAUUAAUGCACUUAUCCAUUUGUAGCCCUUUGGAAUAAAUGUGGAUUGAUUAAAGUGUUCAUUCAAUAUAAGGAUUCUCAGUGUAUUUCCAUACCUUCUCCCUGUUCAGUCUCAUAGUAUUCAGAUGCUUUAAUAUUCUUGUUUAAAGGGAGACUAGAAGCACCAAAACAGCUUUAGUUUAAAGGAACAUAGUGUUAGAAAUACGCUAUAGGUCUUCCCCAUAGAAAAAAAUUGAAUCCGUGAUUUCCUAUUGGGUUUUUGAAGACACUGGGUAUGGAGGACAUCUUGCGUUGUUUCACAGAGUUAAACUCCAUGACGCUCCACUGCAAUAAUUAAUUUUACAGGGGCACUGCACCAAGACCACUUAAAUGAGAUGAAGGGAUCUGGGUGCCUAUAGUGUCCUUUUAAUUGAGUGGUUUUGGCGUAAGGAUCAUGCCCAUGCAGUCCCACUGCUCAAUUCUCUGCCAUUUAGGAGUUAAAUCACUUUGUUUAUGCAGCCCUAGUGACACCUCUCUGAGUUUAACCUACACAAUCUCCCUACAUACUUCCUGUAAAGAGAGAUCUAAUGUUUAAACUUCCUUUAUUGCACAUUCUGUUUAAAUUAGCAUGUUAUCUACAACUCUGCUAGAGCCUCCCGUGUGUGAGUAAAGUUCAAUUAACAUACAAGUAGAUUGAAAACUUUUUUAAAGUGAACACACUGUGCUGUCAAAUAUGAUUUGAAAAUUACACUAUUUUCUCAUGAAAGCUGUAUUAGUUACAUCUGGGGAGGUUGUGGCUGAAACAAAAGUGAUUUUACUCCUAAGUGGCAGAGAAUUGAUCACUAAAACUGCUUGCUAAAAGUUGUUUGGUGCUUAGAAUGCCACGUUGAAAUGGUCACUUCCUCAAUGUUUCCGUUGCAGUUCGCUUAUAUUCAGACACUUCAAAUCCGUUCGUAAUUAAUGAUCCAAUAGGGUAGGCAAUAACUUGCCUUAAAUUUUUAUUUUUUUUAUUUUCAGCUGUAUGCUUUUCUAAUUUGUCUUCUGUUUUUGAGUUUUUUUUUGGUCUUUCUAUUCAAACCAUUAAACCGAUUAAAGUCACAAUCUUUGUAUGUUUUUAAUUAGAGAGAAGCCUGUUUCUCCGAGCAACGUACUGUCAAUGGCUCAGUUAAGAACUUUGCCCCUGGGAGAUCAAAUCAAGAUUCUAAUGAAGAAUGGUAAGUUGUAAUUGUAAUUAGACAAUAGGAGAAUUCAGUAUGAUACAGGACUGUUAAACAGAAUUCAACUACAUAUGUUAGCUGAGUAUUUUAAGUUUACUUCUAAAUAAAACUAUGAACAUUAACCGUAAAAUAGAAAUUGGAAGAGAAUAGUAGUCUGUCUGUAGGCUGGGAAAGUGUAAUUAAUGUCAAGACUCCGGUAAACGUUAAUUCUUCGGAACAAUGUUCUACGGCAUAGGGUUCGGCAAAGAGACCAAAGCAUGUGUCAAUGGGUUUCUCUUAAAGAAAAUGUAUGGGCUCAUAGGUUUCCAGUACUGAAUAAUCUAAUUAGAUAAUUGCGUUUUGUUUUGUAGUGUUUCUAACCAGCCAAUACUAAAUGCUUAUGUUUGUGCUUAGUAAUAGGAAAAGGGCAAUGGGCAGUAUCCAAAUAUGGAGGUUUUUAUUUUUUUUCUUCUUCAUGAAAGGUGUAUUUUCAGGUGUGGAUGUUGGUGUUGGCUACAUAGGAGCUCAGUUGGUCCAAAACAUUGCAUCAUUUCACAUAAUUGCCUUGUUAACUUGAAUUGGAGGCUAAUUUAGGAAUAGUUGGCGGAUAGGGAAAUAUGAGUGGUGUAAGACUUUCAGGAAUAUCUCUUGGUAGGUGGCUACUGAUACAUUUUAUUUUUAAGUGCAAUGAACUUCUAGGAGGGUUUGUGGAUCGUUGUUCACCCCCAUAUCAUUGGAGGUUGGUGUAUACAUUCUGGCACAUGGAACUUUUCAAAGUCUUGGUAGCAACUCUGACAUUUUACAGUUCGAACAUUAAAACAAUCUGUGGGAACAUUCCAUCGGUUUCCAUGGGGAUUGUGCCAUGUCUAGAUCAGUGCAACAGUUUUUUAAAAUAAUUUUGUGCAAGAAUUUUUAACCACAUACCCUCUGCCAUUGGGAACACUCAGACCUGGUUAUGACGAUAACUAUUGAUCAGGAUGUAGUAGGCUAACAUUUGACUUCAUUAUAUCCGGAUCUGGGUUAACAGCACAUGCAACCUAUUGUGAUAAAUCAUUUCUAAAUGCAGAUUGCGACACAAUCUAUAACAACCCCUAAUGUCUUUGAUUUCACUGAUUAAUGAUCAGUAUACAAUAUAAAUUCCUGGUACGUGUCCAUUUGAUGAACGCUUGGUGCCCUAAAACUGUGGAAAUAACCUGUGUAAACUGGUUCAGAUACUUUUACAGUUUUUCUGUUUUGUUUUUUGAUCUGUCAUUUUCUCAGUGUUUUUCUUUUUUUUUUUUUCUAUCCAGUUAAAGUUAUACCUUUUGCAAACCUAAUGGGAUUAAUGGCAGCUGGCACAGAAUCGAUUGCAGUUAUGCGAUGCAUACAGCAGGUGGCAAUGUUGGUCCAAGGAAACUGGGUGGUUAAGAGGUAAGCAAUAAUCAUAGAGGUGAUUUUAAAAUAUAUCCAAUCUAGUGACACCCAAAAAUGUGCAAUAAGAAAUGCAGGUGUAAAAAAUAAAGCCUGUAGUGAUCACAACAAAUCGUGUAACAAUAUGGCAGAGCUGUAAAAAGUUUUUUUUUUUUUUUGUUUUGUGGGGAACCUAUUUAUUUUUUUGUCCUAGAAUAUAGAGAAAUUAUGACAAUUUGCCUGGAAUUCCAAAAUCUAUAUUGGUGUACUUCCAAAGGGUAGCCAGCAGGUGGCUGUCUUGACAAUUAUUUAGCUUCUUCAGCUGUUUAUAGGUGAAAAGGGAUAAUCUGUUGGCUCCACCUGGAGUAGACGUACAACGAGCAGAGUAGUUUGUUGCUCACCAGUAGUCUGUCUUUUUGUAUGUCUGCAUACACAGCCUGUUAUUAAAGGCUGAUUAGGAAGAGUUCAGCUGCUGAUGACAUGCAAUUUAUAUCACUGCUGGCCGCUGUGGGAUUCUUGGACAAUACUGGUUCUAGUAGAAUGUCCGUUGAUUGUGGGUAGAUAUCGCAAACUCAUUCACAGUACAUUGCACUUAAAGUGAACCUGACACAAAUCAUCCCACUAUGCACUGAAUACAUCAUACACCACAGAUACACAUGGCAUAUUCAAUGUAAAGUUUAGAGAUAACCACUGAUCCGGCAUUUACUCAUUAACUUUUUUGCAUUAUGAUGCAUGCAUGGGUUUGCGCUUUAGCGUCCCACUUCCCAUAUUUAGGUGCUUUACCGGGAUGUAUACUCUCCCAUAUAUUGGAUUGUAUCGGACCCCCAUUUGAGUAGUUGGAAGCACUUGGAUUGGCUGAUAUAUCAGCAAUUUCCCAGUGGUUGUGUGCAGAAACAGAUAUUGGGACUUGCUAAAUAUAAAGAAGAUGUUUAAAUUCAGUAAUUCUACAUUGGCCCUUUAAAUAAAAUGUUAUGCAAAAAUGUAGGUCUUUCUGUGUAUUCUUCGCUUUCAUUUAUCUGAAUGGUUUAUGCUGUUUUUUUUCAUCUUAAAUAAACACUUGAGCUCUGUUUUAUAUAUAUAUAUAUAUAUAUAUAUAUAUAUAUAUAUAUAUAUAUAUAUAUAUAUAUAUAUAUAUAUAUAAAAUUUCUUUUUUAAUUUAUUAUUUUUGUUUUUGAAACUUAACAAAAAAAAAUCACUCUCAUAAAAGGUGUUCUGGGACAGUUAUCAAAUGUAUGUGACACAGAGCUCCAAAAAUGAAGGGACAAACAAACAAUGGGGGAUUACCCUUCCAGGUGAUAAACGAAAAGGCCAGUAAUAUGGUGUCAGAGAAUUAAAACAUAACUUUUAUUAAUAAAAAGAGAAAAAAAAAAAAAAGUACUAUAAGAUGUCUUCUGAAUUUACAUGCUACACUUCACUAUAAGAAUGUUUUCAAACCUCUCUCUCCUUAAUGCAUUGAAAGACAAAACUAGCCGCACAAGUUAAAAUAAAAUAAAUCCUCACAAUCUCCAAGAGUAUUUCUUGUCAGGCAAGUAUAUCAUAUCUAAUAGCAGAUUUCCUUAAUGUCGCUCUUGGAACCGAAAACAAAUAAAAUACUUCCCUGUCUACAAAACGUCCCUAUCUUUGCAAUACAAUAUAAAUUGUGUUGCAAUAAUUCAGGUUAACAGUCCGGUUUGAAUUCAUUAAUAUAGUGGUUUGUAUGGAGUAUAAGAUUUAUCCUUUAGUACUUGUUUUUAUUAUACUCUUAUUGGUAAAAGUUAUGUUUCAGCUUGGACACCACAUUACUCCUCUUUUUGUUAUGGAAUAUAGUAUUUGUCUCAUUCCUCGUCAUUAAAGGACCACUAUAGGCACCCAGACCACUUCAGCUUAAUGAAGUGGUCUGGGUGCCAGGUCCCUCUAGGGUUAACACUUUUUUCUAUAAACCUAGCAGUUUCAGAGAAACUGCUAUGUUUAUAUUAGGGUUAAUCCAGCCUCUAGCGGCUUUCCUACGAGACUGGCUGAAUGCGCGCGCGGCUCUUGCUGCGCAUGCGCAUUCAGCCGAAGAGGAGGAGAAGAGGGAGGAGAGCUCCCCGCCCGGCGCUGGAGAAAGAGGUAAGUUUAACCCUUUCCUUUCCAUCCAGCCCGGGGGGAGGGGGACCCUGAGGGUGGGGGCACCCUCAGGGCACUAUAGUGCCAGGAAAAGGAGUAUGUUUUCAUGGCACUAUAGUGGUCCUUUAAAUGUAGCAUGUAGCUCUAAGAACUUGGUGUUUAGAUGAUGUCACCUGUCUUAAGUUAAAAUAAAGCUCUCCCAUAAUUUUGCUUUUUAUAUUCUGUAGUGGUUUGAUAAAGGGCUUUUGAUACCUGUGAGAUGUUUAUUUAGCUCACUUGGUACAAUUUAAAGUAAGCAGAGAAAUGAUCUUUGAGGCAGAAUUUUUUUUUUUUUAUGGACUUGUGCUCCAGCGCACAUGCUUUAAAUGUAUGUAUGUAUAUAGUACUGAUUUCUAGCAAAUGUAUUGUUUGUACCACUUUAAGCACUGUAAGAUACUGUAUGGCAAUAUUUUCCCCUCGCGUUAUAAUAUACCAGUUGUGUGAAAUAAAACCGUGAAAUGAUUUGUGUUAAUCUGUGUCCUUUAGUGAUGUUGUUUACCCAAAGGAGUCCUCCAGUCCUCACAGUGGCGUCUCGGCAGAAGUGUUGUGUCGUGGCAGAGACUUUGUUGUAAGUUUGUGUGCUGAAAAAUCUAAACGUGGCUGAUUGAAGUCUAAUUGCUUUUAACACCUUGCUUAGCAACCUGCUAGAGAAUGAUAGAACGAUUACAUGUUUGCUUCACCACCCAAUGUGUUACUUUUGUUGUAAGGUUCACAAGUUUUACAUUUGAUUUUACAUUUUAUGUCUGGCUGUCCUGGCACACCCAGAGUUAAAGGGACGCUAUAGGCACCCAGACCACUUGAUCUCAUUGAAGCUGUCUGGGUGCAGUGUCCCUGUCCCCCAUUGCAGUUUUAGCGAAAAACACAAUGUUUUCAUUCCAGUGUUAAGACUGCCUCUAGUGGCUGCCUACCAGACAUCCACUAGAGGCAUUUGUGUUGGUCCACAGAGGGGGCACAGACAGAGUAAGGUGAGUGUUUAAAGGGAUAUUUAAAACUUUGAGUGCAGCUGGAGGUGUAGAGGGACACUCUAGAGUUCGGGAUACAGCUUUGUAUGCCUAACACUAUAUAGUGUUCCCUUAACCAUGCAAAUUGAAUUAACCCUUUCUAUACCUGGAACUUGGAAGUGCCAUGGCAGAUUUUUUUCUUUCUCUCUCCCUCUUGUCUCUAAUGCACAAUUAACCACUGCAAGAGCUUUAAUAGCAUUUCCUGAGCUGAUGGGAUGAGGAACUGUCACUUCUACAAAAGCAACAGUUUUCCUUUAAGGCCUUCAAUCAAACCAGUGUAGGGGCUGGAUACAUUUUUCCACCUCAUACAGGUUGAAGGAGAGACCACAAUCAAUUUUGAAAGUGUGGAAGGGCCUGUCAAGGUUUAUAGUACAUUUAAACAUAUAUAUAUAUUGUGGUUCAGAAUCAGAAUAGAAACUGUUAAAGGACCACUAUAGUCACACAGACCACUUCAGCUCAAUGAAGUGGUCUGGGUGCCAGGUCCCCCAGGUGUGGUCCUUUAAAAUCUGCUUCUGAGUGCAACUCGGGGCACCUGUACGGAUCCGAGAAGGAAAAUAGUUUUGAAAAUGUGAACAAAAUCUUCAUAUCUGUGUUGGCAAACAUGAAUUCCAUCACACAUUGAACUGCUGAGACCGUAUUUAAAAGUAUAGCACAAGUAUGAGGGCUAAUGCCCCUACUUAUGUCUGUGGGUUAAUUUACCCAUUUCAUACUAUGUUGUUGUUUUUUUUAUCUUUGUCCUUUAGAUGUGGAAAUUCACACAGGAUCGCUGGGUGGUGAGAAAAGAAGUUGCUACUGUGACAAAAGUAAGGAUCUGCUAAUUCAGCUUUGUUUUCAAAUCAACCAUUCUGGCCUAAACGUUGAAAUUUUCUCUACUGAUCUUGAAUUCCUGGCAAGUCACAGUUUAGUGAAUAACUCUGCGAUGAGGGUUAUUGUUUCCUGUUUAAAGUGAAUUUCAAAUUUUAGGUCCACAUAGCUGAUUUGGGGAAUUUUUCCAAUUUGAAUGUUUUGGCUAAAAUUCUCUUUGAAUAAAGUGUACUUGUCAAUAAUGUGUUUACAUUUUAUUUAUUUUAUUUUUGUUAAGAAAAAGUCAGAGAAGAUUUUAAACUGUAUAAAAAUUUAAAUCUGGUUGUUUACUUGUUCUGAAGUUGGUGCUGUUGCCAUUGAAUCUACCACCUUAUCUCUGCAACUCUUGGCAACGUUGCUUUCCUGCACGGUCCUUGUAUUCUGUGUAAGAAUAGCGGACGUGAGUGGAGAAGGACAUCUAUUGCACAAUAUAGAAGAAGAAACCUGCCACCUAAGAUGUUAACAGAACACUAAACACCAGCUUCAUUUUUAUUUUAUUUUUUAAAGCCUGACUUAGUAAAAAAAAUAAUCUGGAUUUAUUUCCAGUAACUGAUCAUACAUUACAUAACAAUACAUAAUCCUGCCAAAUGUUAAUGUAUCCCAUUCUUGGCAGGUUCUGUCCUAACAACCUAAUCCAGUUACUUGGAGAAUGCUUCCUCCUGGAACUCUCUGCAGGGCAGGUUAAAUAGGGCCCUGGAAUGAAGAGGGGUUAAAAACCAGGAAGUUGCCCUGAGCUCCCAAAUAUAUUUACAUCUGUAACCAAGAGCUGCACGAACCUAUGUUAUAUUAUUUGUCCCAAUCAGCACCCUUAUAAUGUAUGCAUGUUUAUGUGAGUGCAGCCCUCUUGGCUUCAUAUGUAUGUAUACAGACGAUCUCUGUAUCGUGUGUGAAUUGUGUAAAUACACAUGUAAAUUGUAAUUGUGCAUUUUUUGUGACCGUACCCCCUUAGUUGUAACAGGUAUAUAUUCAGACAUUUGGAUGUAUCGUAAGCGUGGAACUUGUUGUACUCUAAGUUUUAGCUGUGUGUGUGUGGUACACCAGGUGUUCAGCUAUAACUCCCAAACUGAAUUGCCUCCAUGCCAGAGGCCGCUGCUGGUCUGUGUACAAGCCAGUUGUAUUUUAGCAUCUCCUUUUCGUCUCCAGCUUUGCCAAGAAGACGUGAAGGAUUUUCUAGAGCACAUGUCUGUUCCCCGGGUUAACAAGGGAUGGGAGUUCAUGCUGCCUUAUGACGAAGACUUUGUAAAGAAGCACCCGGAUGUGGUUCAGAGGCAGACCAUGCUGUGGAAAGGCAUACAAUCCAAGUAAGUCAAAAACGACCGUGCAAUAGACCUUCCCAAAUACAAUGUAUAAACGCAUCAUGGUGACAAGAGUGUGCAUUGUGGGAAAUGUAUUCCAUUGAAGGUUUCUGGAGUAAUCAUCAUAAACCAAAAGUCUCUCAAACUCUCUAGUAAUGCCCUAACAUACAUUCAUUGUGAUCUACUUUUUAUGUUAUAUGUUUUUAAUUGAAUUCAAAAUUAUUAAAAUGUUUAAGCCACAAUAGCUGCACUGAAUACAUAGCUAGAACAUUUUUUAAAUGUUUAAAAAAAAAUUGCCUUAAAAUGUGAAUUUCACUACUUGUCAUACUAUUGUUUUUUUGUAUAGUAUAGCCGCUAAAUGGAUACUUAUAGGCAUCAAAACCUCUUUAGGUUAUUGCAGUGGUUUUGGUGUAUAGAUCAUGCCUUUGCGGUCUCACUGCUCAAUUCUCUGCCAAUAAGGAAACACUUUUGUUUCUGUUUAUACAGCCCUAGCCACACCUCUCCGGCUGUGACUUAUACAGUCUACAUGAAAAAAAAAUGGUUUAUUUUUCCAUCGGAUGUUAACUUGCUUUAGAAGUACUUAUCUCCUGAUCUAUAGAUUGAUCUUAAAUCAAGAGGGGGUUUCUGCUGGGUCCUGCAGGCUAUUAAGAUAGCAGGAGAUAAGAAAUUCAAAUGAGGCCCCCUAUAGCUGGCUGUGGAUCUGCCAGCAGGGGGCCUGUCUGAAAUGUCACAGUCCCCCUGCUGGUGGGAAGUUUAAAAUAAAAUCAUUAGACAUGUUUUAAAAUAAAUAAAAUGUAUUUCUAUAUAUAUAUAUUUUUUUUUAAAUAUUUUAUUUUAUUAUUGUAAUUAUACGUGUAUAUAUAAAUAUAAAAUAUAUAUAGAUGUAUUCUAUAAUAUAUAUAUCAUAUAUAUGUAACGUCAUUCUAAGAGUAUUUUAAUACUAAUAUAUGUACUUAUAUUAAUAUUAAAAUACAUUACGUAUCACGUUACAUAUAUAUAUAUAUAUAUAUAUAUAUGAUAUAAAUCUUAUAUAUAUAUGUAACGUGAUACGUAAUGUAUUUUAAUAUUAAUAUAAGUACAUAUAUUAGUAUUAAAAUACUCUUAGAAUUACGUUACAUAUAUAUGAUAUAUAUAUUAUAGAAUACAUCUAUAUAUAUUUUAUAUUUAUAUAUACACUUAUAAUUACAAUAAUAAAAUAAUUAAAAUAUUUUAAUAUUUUUUUUAAAUAAAUGUAAUUUUAUUCUAACUGUAUUUUGUUAUAUAUAUAUAUAUAUAUAUAUAUAUAUAUAUAUAUAUAUAUAUACACACACACACACACACACACACACACAUAUAAUUACAUAAAUAACGACAUAAGUGUACACGUAGACUUUAAAUACAUAUAUAUGUAUAUAUAUUAAAAUUCUACGUGUAUAUUUAAGUAAUAUUUUAACAUAAUUAUGGGAUUUAAUUAGGUAAAAUUUGAUUGACAUGCCUGACAACCCAGGCAAAAAGUGCAGAGAAAUUGAAUUGCAAGCGCUAUAUUUAACCCUGUAACUUUCCAAGACACCAUAAAACCUGUACAUGAGGGGUACUGUUUUACUCGGGAGACUUUUUUUUAGUAAAAGUGACCUUUUUUGCAUUUUUCACACAUGAACGGCACUUUUACUGACGAUAUUGUUGUAAUACAAAUUACCAUUUUGAAACACUAAUAAUUGUGUUCAGCAAAGUCUCCUGAGUAAAACAGUACCCCCCAUGUACAGGUUUUACGGUGUUUUGGAAAGUUAGAGAGUCAAAUAUAAGGCUUGCAUUUCAUUUUUUUCACAUUAAAAUUUGCCAGAUUGGUUAUGUUGCCAUUUAAGACCGUAUGGUAGCCCAGGAAUAAGAAUUACCCCCAUGGCGACAUACCAUUUGCAAAAGUAGACAACCCAAGGUAUUGCAAACGGGGUAUGUCCAGUCAUUUUUAGUAGCCACUUAGUUACAAACACUGGCCAAAUAUUAGUUUUUUGCUUUUUCCACACAAAAACAAAUAUGAACGCAAACUUUGGCCAGUGUUUGUGACUAAAUGGCUACUACAAAAGACUGGACAUACCCCACUUGCAAUACCUUGGGUAGUCUACUUUUGCAAAUGGUAUGCCAUCAUGGGUGUAAAUCUCAUUCCUGGGCUACCACAGGGUCUCAAAGGUAACAUUACUAACCUUGUAAAUUUCAAUGUGAAAAAACUGAAAAAUGGAAUGUGCUAUAUUUGACCCGUUAACUUUCCAAAACACAGUAAAAACUGUUAAUGGGGGCCACUGUUGUACUCGUGAGACUUUGCAGAAUCCAAAUAUGUACUUUUUUUUUUUGCAGUAAAAGCUAACAGUAUUGUGACAUUUACAGCUAAAAUGUGAGGCGGAACUACACUUUUUUUUUUUUUUUAAAUUUUAAAAUUUCUCAGUUUUUUAAAUUUUAUUCAUUAUAAAUUGUUUCAUAUAUAAAUAUUUGAUAUGAAAUGAAAGCCCUGUUUCACCUGAACAAAAUGAUAAUAAGUGUGGGUGCAUACAAUAUGAAAGAGGUGAAUUACGGUUGAACAGACAUAUAGCGCAAAUUCCAGGUUUUGUUUAUAUUUUGUUUUGAUCAGAACGUGUACUAUUGACUCCGUCCUGAAGGGCUUAAAUAUAAUCCAUCCACAGGGCUUGGACUAUAUUGGUGUUGGAAUAUAAAGUCCUAAAUGUAAACUUCACUUUUUUUUUUUUCCAGGUUGGAGAAAGUAUUUAGUUUAUCAAAAGAAGAUAUUACGCCUAAGAAGUCUGAAGUAUCUUCAGGUAAAAAAUUUUUAAAAAAUCUUUCAUUGACUAUUUCACUCUCUAAUAGUUACAUAGCUGAAAAGAGACUUGCGUCCAUCAAGUUCAGCCUUCCUUACAUUUGUUUUUUUGCUGUUGAUCCAAAAGAAGGCAAAAAACAAAACAGUUUGAAGCACAAUUUUGCAACAAGCUAGGAAAAAAAUUCCUUCUUGACCCCAGAAUGGCAGUCAGAUUUAUCCUUGGAUCAAGCAGUUAUUACCCUACAUUGAAAGAUUAUAUCCUUGAUUAUAGGAAAAAAGAAGAAAAUGGCGAUGAGAUUAUCUGAAUAUAGAAGACAGAAAAUGAGGGGGUAACCCUAAAUAGUUGGGAAUUAAAGAGAAAGAGAUUCUGUCCCUUUGUUAAAAAUCUAGAAGAUACUUUAUUAGUCUAAUACAAAAGACAUUCCUAAAUAGACUGCCUCUCUUACUCUAAUGCGAUACUGGUGGGUGUCUAAAACUAGACAAACCCAAAGGACCACCUAUAGGUGCUGAGGGCGUAUAUAAAGGGAAAACAUUGAACAAAAAAUAAUAAUAAUAAAUAGGAAUAUAUAAAUAUAUCUGAGUGCAAGUUACAAGGUCUAUGUGCACAAUGAUAGUGGUAGAGUCUGGAGUACAAAAGAAAGAUUAUCUCCAAGGCCCCACUAAAAACAAACAAACUAACUGCCUCAGUAUAGAUAUGAUAAUCUAAUGAAUGGCUAGUUGUAAUCACACAAAGGUGAAGAUUUUGGCAUAUUGCAAAGAUUAUUAUGCCAGAAAUAUCAUUGUGGUAAUUGACCACUAGGUGUCGCUGUAACCAUGAAUUCUUCAAGGCUGUUCACUUUAUGAAUUCGCAAAGAUGUAUCUAAUUACUGUGUAAAUGAAAAUAGAUACAGUAUAUUGUCAGGAUAGUUGGCAAACCAAGUGAACGAAAUGUAGCCUGUCUAUAAAUAUAAACAGUGUCUGCUAAUACUGACAGAGUGCAAUAACCGAAUUGAUACCGUUAGAUGCUCUGUUGCUGCUAUGUCAGAGGGGCUAGAUUGCACAUCAAAUCGAACAGUGCAUUCAUAAGUACCCCUUAGCAAGGGCAAUAUUAUCAAUCUAUUCAGUGCGCUUGUGAUACCUACAAAGGCUGCAUAUCAAAAGGUGCUUAAUGCAAUUGGUUACUAACGAGAGUUAGUUUGCCCAUAUAUGGCUGUUUCACUCUCGUAUAUAGUAUUUUGCACACUGAAUGAAGGGCUUUAACACUCUAUAGUUAUCAGAUUUAGCAAGCAAAUAAUUAAGAAUACAUUCUCAGGCUAGUAUAGUUACAGAAGAAAGGAAUCCAUGGAAUAAGAAUAGUGCCUUCGUGGGCACCGGUUACAGUAAAGAAGUGUGAUAGUCAAAGGUAGCAGCGUAGAAAGAAGUCAAAAGUAUCAUAACUACUGAGACAUCGUUUGAUUUGAACACUACCAACACCGGUAUGUUACUAGUGAUGCCGAUAUAGUCUGGUCACUAUGUAAGCUCCCGUUUACCCAGCUACAGAAAUACUCUUGAACGGCUAGAGGUCAGCACAAGUGAGUUCUAAAAUGAGUAGAUGCCGAUACUCAUUGGUGAAUAAUUGAGAGGGAAAAAAUCACUAAUUGCAGCAGAUCUCAGUGCUGCUUGUAGGGAAUUAGGGAAAGCAAACGGCAGUGUGCUAAGAGAAUGAUGUCGGAGUAAACCCGACGCGCGUUUCGCCUUGUUUAGAGGCUCGUCCUAUGUCCUAUGUAAAGUCCGGUUUGUGAAUAGAUUUCCAAACAAUGGUUUGUAUUGGCCCCGAAUAUAUUUGUAUAAUGUUAUAUCCCCUCUCAGGCGACGUUUUUCUAAGCUAAAUAGGUUUAAAUUUGUUAACCUUUCUUCAUAGCUGAUAUGUUCCAUUCCUUUUAUUAAUUGUGUAGCCCGCCUCUGCACUUUUUCUAGUGCCACAAUAUCCUUCUUUAGAACAGGUGCCCAAAAUUGCACAGCAUAUUCAAUAUGUGGUCUUACCAGUGAUUUAUAAAGAGGCAAAAAGAUAUUCUUGUCCCGAGAAUGAAUGCCCUUUUUCAUGCAUGACCAUACCUUACUGGCCUUGGCCACUGCUGAUUGACAUUGCACAUUGUUGUCUAUAACAAUUUGUUGUCUAUAACAAUUCCCAAGUCCUUUUCGUGUGUUAUCCCUAAUUCGCUUCCAUUAAGGGUAUACGUUGCUUGUGUAUUCUUUACGCCGAAGUGCAUAACUUUGCAUUUUUCAACAUUAAAUUUCAUCUGCCAUUUGAGUGCCCAGUCUCUCUAAAUCCCUCUGCAGCAAAGUAAUAUCUUGCUCACAUUGUAUUAUUUUACAAAGUUUUGUGUCAUCUGCAAAUACUGAAACAUGACUUUCAAUGCCUAUUUCAAGAUCAUUUAUAAACAUGUUAAAUAGAAGGGGUCCCAGAACAGACCCCUGAGGGACACCACUUGCCACCUCUGCCCAGCUUAAAAAUUUACCAUUAAUGACAACUCUUUGUACUCUGUUUUUAAGCCAAUGUUCUACCCAAGAACAAGCGUUUUCAUCUAGACCGAUUUCCUUGAGUUUGAACACUAAUCUAUUGUGUGGAACUGUAUCAAAUGCCUUUGCAAAAUCCAAAUAGUUCACAUCCACUGCAAAACCCUGAUCUAUACUUCUACUGGAGACCGUUUUUGUGUUAAAAUUCGCAGGUGCCAGCAAAUCAGAUCCAUGUACCUUGUGCAAAGUGGCUUACAAUUCCCUUCUGUCCAGAUCUUGUGUUGAGAUGUAGAAUCUGUCCUCAGGCCUGUCACAGCAUUCUUUUAUCGAGCUCCAAUGCUGGUUGUAGAAGACUUACCUAGAUGCUUACCUAUAAACUUCUUCUAAAUAUGACCAAUUCGUUCUAUGGAAUCCCCAAUUGAAGUACCACAAAUCCCCAUACGUAUGCUAGCCAGUAAUAUAAACAACUGUUGUAUUUAUCUGAGACAGAAAUGUAGGCAGAUGAACUACUGCAGGCCUUUGUUCCACUAGAGAUAUUUUUUAAGAGCGAACAGUUUAUCAGUUUAACAUUCUAAUAUGUUUAUACUAGAACGUUUAGAUGAAGGCACAGGUCACUGAUAGGACUAUACCCAGGGAGUUAUGUUUGCAUAGAUGCGGUUUACUUGGUCUAAAGGGUUAAUAGGAUGAGUCCUGGCUGAACCUACUAAAAUAAUGACUGAGCCAUAUUGUUUAUACUAAUUUGGUAUCGUUUCUGCUCCGAGGGGAGGAGCCACCCAUAACUCAAUGCUUCCAUGGUUUCGUCAGGAAACGAGCUGCGUUUCCCUUUAAAUUUAAAAUUUUAAGCUGCAAAGUACAUAAAUACAUUACCUGUUGCAUUAUUUGUCAACAUAUCCCAAAUGUGCAUGCCUUGCUUUAUAAAUAAUAUAUCUGUAUGGUCUACGCUAAAAGUAAAUAUCUUUUUAACAUUAGAAAAAAUAAUUUUAAAGGCAUGGUUAGUUUUUCAUUUGGAUAUUUCCCUAUUUGUUAAAGGAGCACUAUAGUCACCCAAACGACUUCAUCCAAUGAAGUGGUCAGAGUGCAGUGGUUCUUUUAAAAAAAAAAAAAGUAAGUAUUAAACUCAUUUGUAGUUGCUGUCUUCCUGAUACCCAGUAGAGGCACUUACUCCUCCAGAUAGAAUAAAACUUGAAUCAAACGUAAUCUUAUUAGACUUAAAUAUGUGUUAUCGGCAAAGGAGGGUGGGCAGAAUGGAACCUAUUCUCCUGAAAUAAUGAAUAUUAUUUUUGGGUUUAUAGGUUCUCUUUAAACCCAGUAGCUGCAUUGUUCUUUAAGUUAAAACAUGCAUCCGAUAGAAUUAAAAAUCUAUUGUUGCCAUUUUGUUUCUGCCUUGAAAUGCACAUGACUUCCUUCCCAUGAUGCCUUGUUGCACAUAUAUCCACUCUUGUGUAUUGCAAAGAGGGAUUUCCCCAAUAUUGAGGAAUGGGGCCAGGGUACUCCUGACAUCAUAACUAGAGGAGACUGUUGUGGUUAUAAUGCCUGUGGUAACCCUUUAACAAGGAUCAGCCACUUUCACUUUACCAAUAACAAUUACUUCCCUGAGAAAAAUGUUUUAUUGUUAAAGUUUGGUGUUACUUAUUUUAUACAAACCUUUAUCUGGUGACUGGUUUGUUAGCAGUAUGAUACAAAGGGCACAAGGUCAUGCAUUGAGACUUUAGCAAAGAGGAUUUCACAUACAGCAGCAACACUUUUUAUUUUUUUUAUUUUUACAUUAAAUAGGCAUAGUGGGGAUAGGUACCCAAAGAAAAUUCAGCCAUGCCUUUUAAGGAGAGCUGAUUAUAUUUAAAGGACCCCUAUAGGCACCCAGACCAAUUCAGCUCAAUGAAGUGGUCUGGGUGCCAGGUCCAUCUAUGAUUAACUCUGCCUGCUGUAAACAUAGCACUUUCAGAGAAACUGCUAUGUCUACAUAUGGGUUAAUCCAGCCUCUACUGGCUGUCUCAUUGACAGCCGCUAGAGGCGCUUCUCACUGUGAUUUUCGCAGUGAGAAAACGCCAGCGUCCGUAGGCAAGCAUUGAGAAUGCUUUCCUAUAGACGGACUGACUGCGCGUGCGGCUCUUGCCGCGCAUUCAGCAGAUGACGUCCGAAGGAGGAGGAGGGUCCCCAGCACCGAGGGAGCCCGGCGCUGGAGAAAGGAGAGUGAUUUUAACCCUUUCCUCUCCCUUCAGCCCGGCGGGAGGGGGGGCCAUAGGGGUGGGGGGGACCUGUUAAUACUAUAGUGCCAGGAAAACAAGUUUGUUUUCCUGUCACUAUAGUGGUCCCUUAAGCAAAAAUAUAAAAAUAAAUGCAUUUGUGUAUGUUUUUAGAAAUAUUAAUACAUGAUUGUUUGUCCAGUGGUAAAUCAGACACUUUGUAGGAGUUUUUUUUUUUUUUUUCCUACCUGUUUGUGGCAAAAUGGGCAUAACUUCAUCAUGAGGUUAUGUGGAUAAAUGAGUUCUAAAUGACCAAGCUAAGUUUAACUGCUGCACAGAGAUUAUCUCAGUCUUUCUACUUUCACCAGUUCAUUAAAGUCAGAGCUGGUAUUAGGCUUACUGACAUUCAACCUGCUAAAUCUGGGCCAGUAUUAUCAUUUGAAAAUGCAUACAUUUAAAUAAUUGUAUGAUAGUCUGCAUAGUGCUUCUUUUUGUAGGGUGGAGAGUUGUUUGGAGGGUAGCAAUCCUUGAAAACGUAUAACUAUGGCCACUUGCAUUCCUGUCCUACUCAAUACUUAAAAAUUACUGCGAUGGUUCCAGUGCUUGAUUCUGGACUGGUAUGCUAAAUGUCAGAAUAACUGCUUUCCGUUAAUUUAAGCAAAUGCAUCUCCUUCAUAUUUCUCAUGAAUGAGAAGUGACCAGCAGGUCUGCAUGCAGGUAGGUAUGUCUGUUACUGUAUGAAGUAGAAAUCAAUGGAAGAACAGGAUUGGCUGAAAAGUACCUGCCAUAUCCUGCUUAUUGCAGCAAGUUCUGUAUGCAGAUGUUGUCCUGGCAUUUGACCAUCUCCCAAUGGCUCUGACUUUUGUUUUUUUUUGUGAUCCACAGCCCAGCCGAAGGUUAUCCCGGGAGACCAACUGGUAAACAUUGCCAGGAAGAAGGCUAAGGAGGACCACGCUCAGCUGGAGAUGAACUUGAAAAGAAAAAAAGAGCAAAGUAAAUUGGGCUCCUCCAGCUUAACAGUUUUGGCUGACGUCCACAUUAAAGAAGAGCCUCUAAGUGACGAUGAAGCCAUGGACACGUCUACCUGUGAGAGCAUCAAUAACGGGCUUGUCAAUGGAAUUCACAUGGAUGAAUCUUCCAGGGACUCUGUCAAUGGCCUCAUCACAAAGGGAGAACGAGAACUUGUAUCACAAGAACUGAAAGAGUUUGUGACUGCAAUUUUUAGCAAGCAAUAUGUUUUGACUAUGAGAGAACUGAAACGUUUAUUUAAUCUCCACUUGGCUGGUCUUCCUCCUGGACAUAUCCUGUUCAGUGGAAUCCCCGACAAAAUGUUGCAGGAAACGGUUCUAAGUGCUGGCUGUAAACAGAUUCUGGUGCCUGUGAGUAUACUCAAAAUACUUUUUAGUAUUAGGAAAAUACUCUGUCACAUUUCUAUUCCCUGUAUUUUUGGAGUGGUUUGGGUGUUUUUAUUUGGCCCAUUUUAGCUCAUUGAAGGGUAGAUUACCCAGCUAUUGCAGGGCUAAAACAUUCACAAUGCUCUAGGGCAGGGGUUCCCAACCCAGUCCUGGAUUUAGUGAUUACUCUGUUGUGUCUAAAGUGUUUUUUGUUUUUUUCUUAAAACACCUUAGACACAACUGGGUAAUUCCUAAAUCUUGGACUGUUAGGGGUUACUUGAGGACUGGGUUGGGAACCCCUGCCCUAGGUGGUUCUGAAGUAUAUUGGGAUGUAUUGUUUUGUUAAGCCCGGUCUCAUAGAUGCAGCUUUGUCUUUUAGGUAAUCUGCUUGAAGACAAUUUCUCUGUUCUAAAGCAUUCCCCUCAGAUUUGUAUGUGUAUGUUAUGUCAAAAGUACAUUUCUUUGCGCCUUAGAGAGUCCAUUGCUGAACCAUGUUUGGUGGGUGCAUUUUUAUUUAUUUUAUUUUAUUUUUUUACAAAUGUGGAUGCAUUUUUUUUAUUGUGGGUUUCUAAAAACAGCCUGCAAACGUUCCAGAUCUCUAGUCUGCUGCAUUUGCAAGCCCUCCCCUUCUAACCCUGCCUGACUUCCUGUGGCUAUCCAAUCACACUUCUUAAUGAGAAGUCUUUGCAAUGCUCCACUGAGCUAGCCAAACCAGAAACCAAAUCAGUUGUCUGAUUGAAGGGGGGUAUAAGAAGAUUGAUUUAUAAAAGUGCCCAUUUGUCUUGAAACCUGCACUUUUUGUAAAUCGAAAAAAGGACAUUAUGGAGGUUAUUAGGAGUCUGGCGUGUCCCUUGUAGCGGCUUAAUUAUAUAUUUUUUAAUUAGUUUUUUUUUAGCAUUUUACAGUUGAUGAAUUAGUCUCCAUAUCAAUGCCAUAUGCAUAAUGUGUGUCCUUGGUUAAAUGAACAAAGACAUUCAGCUUGCUGAAGUGCUUUAGAGGUUUACAGUGUCCCCUUUUUCUCAAAAAGUUUUGGUUUUGUGAGGUGAAUCCUCUUACAGUUGUUUCCACAAUAAGUCCAGGUACUCAGUAAGGCUAUGCUUUGAUCAAGGAACAUAUUGUGGCCGAAACAAUGUCUUUUUGAUACUCAGUGCUCCUAUUAAAGUUAACCAUACACCACAAGCCUGAGUGCCCAGACUUAUUAUGGAAAUUGUGGCAAUGUUUCCUGUGAUCAUUGAUUAAAGUAACUCCAGCGUUCUAAAUAACAUUAAUUAAAUUGGAGUGUUAGCGAAUUUGCUUGGCUCCAUUUCCUGUUAAAAAAAAAAAAAAAAAAAGUUAGCUUUCCUCCAAUCCAUCAGUGUGUGAGCGUCUUCGCUGCAGCACUACUAGUACUUAUAAAUUCCUGACCAAUCAUGUGCUGAAUCCAAUGUUUCUCUAUGAGAAGGGCUGGGUCACUAUGCAGUCAGGACGAGCACCUUCCAGCCUUUAUGACACCAGGGAAGGGGUUACUUUAGAGCUUUAUAAAACUUUAUUAUAAAGUGUGAAACGAAGGACGCUAUCUUAGCUCUGAAGCAACUCAGUAAGUCAAAGUGCUUUAGGUGUCUGGAUGGCUCCUUUAAAUAGAACGUUUUAAAGGAUGAAACCUAUCCCUCUCCACGGAUUAAAUCUCCCUUUUAGGACCGUGCUCAGUGUGUUGCAGUGGUUUCAAUGAGCUCUGAUUUCAUGUCCAGCCAUCUCCCAUACUUAGGAUUGUUUUAUUUUCUAGAGCAUUUUUCGUAGCAUAUUGUUAACAGAACUUAAAGGUAUGAAACAAUGAGUCUUACUAGUCAGUGUUCCAGGGAUUCCAUGUGCCAACCUAAUUAAAAGCCCAAGGACCCAAGUCUGAGGCUUGAGUGACCUGGAUUAUACGUCUUUUAAAAGGAUUUAUUGUUCCCUCAGAAGAAAUAAUAGAACGUACACAAAGGCGCACAUUCCUGCACUGUGGUGAGCCCUGGAUUUUGUCUCUCCCUACUUUGCUUGUAAUAUUCAAGUCAUUGUGUGUCUGGCUAGUGUUAACCCCUCUGACAUAGACUGUGACAGCAGAUGGGAGCCAGUUGGUUAAUCAAGUCUGCCAACGUUGCUGUAUUCUGUGAAACUAGUCUUGCGCGUCUCAAACACAGUGCAAUCUCCACCAGCCUUUAACCCCUUAAGGACACACGACGUGUGACAUGUCAUGAUUCCUUUUUAUUCCAGAAGUUUGGUCCUUAAGGGGUUAAAAGCAAAAAUGCCUUUUCUGUAAAAGUACAGCCCUCUGUCCAUCCCUAACAUUUAAAGGGGGCAUUCCAAGCACCAUAACCAUUACAAUUGUAUUUGGGAUCAAUGGCGCGAGGUAGUUGUGAGUGACGUUAUAGAAUUGAUCAUCAAAUGUUUUUUUUUUAAUAUUCUUUAUUAUUGUUGUGCAAAGGUUUGACAGACAGGCUUGUUAUGCCGCGACAUUAAAUACAGGCAUUUCAAGAGGGAUAGUACUGUGGCAAGUAAGAAAAACUCAACUUUUUUUAUUAUUUUUUAAAAGUAGUAAACAAGCAGAAACAAGUUAUGUCAGAUAAUGGGAUUGCAGCAAGCAUAUUUGAAACAUAUUGUAUAGGCUGACAAUAACAUUGUCAUGGAAGAAAAAGUCUUGUAACAUGCUAAACUAUAAUUAUUUCUGUAGCUUUGUAGCCCCUGGGUACUAUUCGUAAGGUUAAAGCAGAUUUUAAGUUGAUGUUAAACUAACAUGCCCAUUGUGAGCUAGAAAAUAGACAGACUCCAUAACAGUGGCAGGAAUGUCUGCUAGAUUGGCCAGUACGAUAUGGGAUGUAUGCAUCCAAGGGAAGGAUCCCGCGUGGGCCAAUCCGGCUGUUACAACACUGCAGGUACAAGAUUAACAAGCUCCCUAAAGUGGUGCAUAUUGAUUAAUAGGGGCAUAGCCUUUCAAUGGUGCAGCACGGUGCUCUAGUUUAGUGUAGUAAGUGUGUUUGGACUAACCUGACAUGUUAACUACAAACAAUCUCACAAAAGAAAACACUAGUCAUGGUAUUAGAUAGUUAUGAGCAUCAAAUGGCUUGUUAGAAUAACUUGCAUUUGACUGGCAUAUAAACAUAUUGACAAUUAGAAAAUAAACAAUAACAAUUAGAAAAUAAAGACUCCCACUGAAGCUAGCAGCAGUGUUGUAAAGCUGUACUGUCUUAGAGAGACACUGCAAAGGUGUGAAGUAAAAUGAUCCUGAGCUAGUGACUGAACUUAUGCUCCUCUCAAAGCACUGAAUUAAACAUAUUAUGCAUUGGAAAUAGACUGAGCAUUGAGGGGUCCAUUGACUUUGCCUGGCACUACUUAACCAAUGCCCAUUAAUGGCAGGCUGCUAUCCCUGGGGAGUAUGAGUCCACCUUUCUGCAGGUGAGGGCACCACCUAAUCCAAAUGCCUGUGCACUCCUGUUCUGUGCCGACUAAAUAACCACUUAGUCCAGCUUAGUCGGACUACGGCUUCGGUGCUGUCUCCAUGCUCUUGAUCGGUGUUGUCUGGUGUGACGGAGCGGCUUGCGAACGUAGAUUUUGCUCCCUCUUGAGUGCUGCGCCGGAAAGCAAUGGUGAAAUGGUAAGGUGAGUGUUCGGUGGUGUUGUGCAGCAUUGUGCUUCGGUGCCUGAACAGUCCGCCAGUAGGACAUUUGGCAAGAUGGACUCGCCUCCAUGUGGGGCUGUAAACUAGCGCCUGAUAUGUGAACUGCAGCAUCAGCCGCAAUCUCCUUUGUGGCAGGUAAAUCAGGGCGAGUGUGUCUGUGUUCCAAGCGCCGCCAGAAUUCAUGGCAGACGCGAUCUAACCGAGCCUCAAAGCUCUCUCUCCAGGUCAGGAUCUCUGGGCCCUCUUGAGACUGCAGGGGUUAUUGCUUGGUGGCCAUCUUGAGCCCGGCAUGUGGUCUUCUUUCAAGCUGUGGAGUCUCUUGCUGUAGAAAUGUGGAUUUCCCCAGCCGGGACUGGGAUAACCCCCACCGAUCCAGAGGGGGGGGAUGUGGGGAGGUUGGCCGCAUUCCACGCUAGGCCGCCUAAAUUGAGUGUGGUAUAUCUUGACAGAAGUACAAGAAAUGUAUAUCCACGAGCCCCCACUCGAUUCAGCAACGAGCUAUUGGUGUACAGGGCUGCAAUAAUCACGAUUGUGGCCAAUAUUUAGCACUGUUUUGUCAGAGCUCUCUGCAAACAUGUCUAGCUAGCUCGACUGUCAGGCCCCGCUUCUUUCAUCAAAUGUUUUGAUCUUUUCCAAUAUAAAAAUGGGAGUUUCUCUGUAUCCAAAGUACUCUCCGUCUGCCAAAUUGAUAAUGGGGAGAUUUCACAUCCUCAUUAUCCAUCCAACAUGUAUAAAAGGGUAAGCAGGGUUUGCAUUCCUGAAUUAUUAACCCUUCUGGCUUUGCAGAAUUGAGACAGGCUCGCUGGGUAACACAGUGAGUAUGGAGUGUAUCCCUUUAUGUUCAUCACUAAUUUUUCAAAUACUACUGAUCUAAAGAAAGAUGCUUCCUCUUUAAACUCUUUUUCUUUUACAAAAAUCUUUGAUGUAGGAUUUAAGGCACCUCCAAAACUUUACAGUAAUCAAAAUGGGCCAUUAAAGCAAUCUCUUGUUAAACAGAGUGAAAUUAAAUAUGAAAAAUUACAUGACUUGGAAUUAUCCAGACUGCCCGCCCUUCCCCCCCUUUCCUGGGUUCUACUUAGGUUUUUUUACAGGUUUUUUCCUUAUGAAUGCUCUGUAUUAGUCCCAUUAAAUUGCAGUUAUUUGUGGUUAUUUCAUGCAAAAAAACUAUUUGUUCACCAACUGGUUAUAGUCAAAUUAUGAACAAUGAAAACAAUUGCAAAUUUAGAGCUAAAAGGAAGCUGUGUAGGGGAACAUUUUCAAGACACUAUAUUUGCAAAACUUUAACAUCACUGUUUAGUGAAUAAACCAAUUGGGAUCGGGUCUAAUUCCGAAAAUACUGAACUAUCUCCAUUAAUUUAUGUAGAAAAAAAAAUUAACAAUUAAAACAUAAUACAAAAGAAUCAGAGCCCAGGGAUAUACUUCAGACAGCUUUGGAUAUUGAAAGUGAUGGCUUGUUAUACGCACAAAAAGCUGUAUUAUUGUGCUUUCAGUUGGCUCACGAGCCAAGGAACCCUGGUGUUGGGUACAUGUGUCCAUUUGUCCAUUUAAACAGCUUCUAAUAAUGUUUAUAAUAGGGGGGCUGUUGUGUUUAACAGUCUGCUUAGCAAUUGUGGUUGAAAGAGCAGUUUUGCCAUUUCUUUAUAUGUUCUGCUCUGGUUGGUGUGUCCAAUUGUCAAAAAGUGAGGUGGAAUAGGUUUUUUUUUUUUUAUAAUAAGGCUAAAGAGUAGAUUGGUGGUUUCUUUCCAGUGAGCUUUUCUCAGGAGAAGUCGACCAUACAUGUAUGUGUAUAAUUACUAAUGCAGAUCGGUGGCACUUUAUGGUUGACACAGAAAGGGUUUUUCAGUAGUGUGAAUUGUUGGGAAUUCAAAGUAAGUUUCACAUUAUAGUCCAAUAUAGCCUUUGCUGACUUGGAAACUUGUAGCCUCAAAUUUGAAAUUCACUUUGAAUUAACAGCAAUUUAUACUACUGAAUAAUCCAACUUUUAGUUUCAAAAAACAAAAACAAAAACCAUUUUUAAAAUAUGUGAAAUGCUUGGGGUAAUUUUCUUGUGGGCUCUUUAUUUUCUAUUAAUUUCUGACUUAUGAGCCAAAUAGCUUUUUUUCCCCCACUUAGAUUUCUUGUGAUCUCAAAACAUGUGAACCGCAAAAAGCACUUUGUCAGAAAAUCUGUUUUUGUGUCCGCCAGUUUUCAAUUUCCUGCAUCUGUUAUUCACAUGUGAGGGAGAGUGAAAAUAUUAUUGCGAUGGGAAAAUCUCAAGGUUUUAUAUAGGCAUAGUUCUUUCAGUCCACCUCAUGUACUAGUUAGUCCAAGAUUCUGAAUUCCUGAUUUGUGUUUCCCGGGGUAUACAAAUCUGGACCUCCAGUUGUGAAUAAACUACAACACCCAUGACCCUUGGUAAACAAAUGACUGGACACAGACAGCCCAAGAAUCCCAGGUGAUGUAGUUAUUUUUGCUAUUGGGCCAGUAGUGCAUAUGUUCUUUCUUCUUGUGGGGUAGCACAGUUCUGAUUUGUAGCCUGCCUGUGGAUGACAAAUGCUGACUAAGGGUCAUGGGUGUUGCAGUUCAGUCACAGCUAGACAGCUACCCCCUUACAUGCUGUAAAAACGUCAGCCUGACCCUGAAAAAUAUCUGGGCUCUUCACGAAAUUAGCAUGUGGCAGGAAAUCAAGGGAUAUUCAAUACUGGCUGACUUUGAUUUUCUUUUUUCCUUUUCAUAAAUCUCUAUCUUUUUUGUGUGUGUGUGUGUGUGUGUGUGUUUUAGUUCCCCCCACAGAGUACGGCAACGCCUGAGGAACAGAAAGUGUUUGCGCUGUGGUCCUGCGGUGAUGCCUUUGACAAGGUAAAUGCACUUUACGGUGGAUAUUGUUUUUCAGAAGAUGUAACAUUUUAUACCAGAUAUCGCUGCACUGGAGUAAAGUUAAACGGGGGCCUGUUAAAAACACAAUCCCAGGUUAUUUUACCAUUAGCACCUGUUUAUGGCACUAAUCACGCAUGUUGUUUUUCUGUGUAGCUGAGGCAGGCCCUACUUGAGCUCUUCUCUAAAGGUCACCGAAUGCGCAGAAACCACAUCCAGACACAGCUGAGCCAGGAGUUUGGAGACGGCCUCAGUAAACAGCAGCUGGACAAGGUGUUGAAGGUACGACAUGUGAGGAGUUAAACCCAUUUGUAAGCACAGCUUGGACAAACUGUUUAAUUGGCUUAUCAGCUCAGUGAUGUGUGCUUACCAGACAAGUGCCCCUAUAGCAACUCCUGUACCAGGGAUACCACCUCACAGCCUCUUAAAGCAGGCCCUUUUAACCUUUUAGGAGCUGUGUGUGUGUGUAUAGAGCACAGUCACUGGGAUGUGUCAAACGUAAUUCUUAAAGUGUAACUUCCUAAAGACAUGUUUACUGGGGUGAAGAGUGCAACAGAGGAUGUUUAUUUUAAAAAAAGACAAAAAAAAACCCACCGCACAUCUGUCGAGUGACAUCUCAUCAUAAGGCUCCAUGUGCAAUCAUGCAAUCGAAAAGAAAUGAAGGUAGAGCACAUGCAUUUCUUCAAUCGGGGGUGUGAAUGUACAGCAUUGUUAGGGUUAUAUUGAUUUGCUUGGAAUGGUCUGGCUGUGCCAAAUAGCGUAAACUACAAAUUUAAAAAAAUCAGAGACCCGCGAGCAGAGGGCAGGAUGGCUCAUUUGAAAUGUAACUCUUUGUUUUGAAUAGCCGUCUAAAUUCUAGCUCUAUCCUGAAUGGCUGGAAAUUUCAAACUGUGGUCAGUGACCUGAAACUGCAUCAACUAAAGCAUGUAACCUUAAAAAUCUAUUAUUUUUUUUUUUUAUAAUGUUUGAAAAUAACAUUCUAAGUUUAGAUUACUGGGGCUCCCCUUGUUGUUAGAUAUUUGUUUUGUUUUUUAAAGGGACACUGUAGGCACCCAGACCACUUCACCUCAUUGAAGUGGUCUGGCUGCAAUGUCCAAUGUCACUUAACCCUACAGUGGUAAUUAUUGCAGUUUCUGAGAAUUAUUACCUUGCAGGGUUAAGUCCUUCUCUAGUGGCUGUCUACAAGACAGUCACUAGAGGGACUUUCAGGUGCUUAGAUGACUUUUGGCUGUCUAAAUAAAGUUGGACGUCCUCACGCUAUGCAUGAGGACCUCCAGCAUCACUGGAAUCUCCAUAGGAAAGUAUUGAUUAAUGCUUUCCUAUGGGGAAAUCCUAAUGCCAGCGGCCAUUGCUGCGCAUGCACACUAGGUCUCCCCUGCCGGCUGACUGUGGGAGGAGCCUGACCCAGCACCAAGGGACAUUGACGCUGGAUUCACGUAAGUGACUGAAGGUGUUUUAACCCCUUCAGCGCCGAGGGGGGGGGGUAACUUUAGCACUAUAUAAUCCAUUUAAAUGAAAAAAUAUUACAAAGCUAGUCUCAACUCCUUCUCUAGUGAAGUCAUUAAUUCUAAUGACUUUUGCCCAAUCCUGUGCUUCUCACAGCUGGAAGUUUCAUUGAGCCAGUGCAUUUAGUGCUGUCUGUCUGGUAGCUACUAAAGGUGCAGUGUAUGCAAAUAUAAACAUUGCGUUUUGUCAGAAACAGCAAAACUUUACAUUGCAAGUGAAAAGGGACGGGAUCUUUUGACCUAAACCACUUUCGUUAGAUAAAGUGGUUGUGGUGGCUUUAUAUCCAACGGAUGGCUGUACAGUUUAGGGUUAAUGCAUUAGUUUCAGAGUAAUUACCCUAAAUAGUCAGUGAGUUUAUUACAAAUUGUGUGUUUUCUGUUCCCAUUUAGGAGUGUGAUAUGAUAUUCUGUUAGAAAACAAGUUCUCAGGCUGUGCCUCAAUAACUGCAGCUGUAUCGAAAGCCACACGUGUACAGACCUGUGGCCCCAUAGGGCUUACAGCAUAAAUUGGGUGUCUGCGAAUCCGAGCAGAAAUGUAACUCGAAUAAAGGUUUCGCUUAGUCACGCGAUUUUAAUAGGAUUUUAAUUCUUAACUCUCUUCACAGGACUGCUGUGUGUGUUACGGAGGAAUGUGGUAUCUUAAAGGCACCGUGCAGUCGUGACAAUGACAGCAAAACGGCAGAAAACCAAUAACAAAGUGACGCAGGCACAGAGUGGGCGGCCCCUGCCCUGGAUUGUGAAGGACCGGUUAUAGCCUCACACGAAAAUGAUAUCAAGGGCACAGGGGCACGUAUGUGUGUGCGGACUGAAGACAGAGUGUUCCUAGCAGGCAAUAUGUUCUUCUGGAUUAUUUAAUGUAUUUUGGAUUUUAAACAUCAUAUUUUUGUCAAAACCUGAUUAAAUCUAAGCAGAAGUGCACAUGCCCAGUGGGUAAUAUGAGAACUCAUGGAAAUUUAGUUUUUUGAAACUGUGCCAUCAUGAUGAUGAGGAUUAAUUUUUUUAUUUUUUAUUAUUAUUAUUCCAGUUGCUUUUGGCCAAUUCAAAACAAUCUUCUGUUGAAAUAGAAAUUCCACAAGCCAUAUUUUACUAAACAUGAUCUCCAAAGUAACAGAUUUAAAGACCUAGGCUGUUACUGCUGUCCAUUGAUACAUUAUUUUGCAAGCCUGGUCAGUUUGUUAAUGGGUUAAAGCCUUACGACCCAGUAGCAUGAAAUUCUUUUCCCCCUCUGUAAUUGAACGUCUACUCUAGUCCAACCAUUUUGUCAUGCAGUCAAUAUUUAAAAAUGUAUUUAUGCAUCUUAUUAAAGAAGCCCACAUUGUAAAAUGUCUCUUUUUUUUAUUCUUUUGCAGUUAUUUGCUUCCCAAUAAAUAAAAUAUUCACCUUUAAUUGUCUUCCAAGUAUCAGGAAGAGUAUUUUCUAGGCAGUGGAGUACAUUGCAUCCUUCUGCAAGGAUUAAAACAAGUCUCUUGGAAAAUAUUUAUUACGUUGAAUAAAGAGGAACAUUCGAGCAAUAAAAACAAAUAUAUUUAAAUCAGAUUAGUUCCUUUUUUUGUUUCGAUUUCAGCCUGUCCAUUGUUAAAAAAAUAAAAUUAAUAAAUAAAACAAACUUGCCUUUAAUCAAAAAUGUAGUCCAUAGUUUGAUUCGCCCACAAUGAGACCAUAAUGCUUGAUGAUCUGAGGUCCAACACUUCUCACAUUUGCCACACUUUGUACAACCAGUGGGUCUCAUAGAGAAGCAUCAAACCAAGGCUCCUCUAUAAAGAAGCAUGAGCCACAUUUGGCGGUGUCAUGCUACACAUACUGAUGGCAAAUGUCAAGACGUUCAAAAAUCAAAGGUCUUAUGGUGGAAGCAUAUUUAGUGACUGUUUAUCUGACCGCCACUAGAAGCAUGUUUUCGGCCAAACAUUGCCAUUACAUUGUCUAAGGCAGGGGUGCCCAGAUGUUGUAGAACUACAACUCCCAUGAUGCUUUGAAUGUCUUUAGAAUGACAAAGCAUCAUGGAAGCUGGGGAUCUACCUUUUGUGCACCCCUGGUCUAAGUAAUGUUAUCGUCCCUGUGCACAAAAGCCAUUUCAUUAAAGGGACACUAUAGUACCCUGAGGGUGCCCCCACCCGCGGCGCUGAAGGGGUUAAAACUCCUUCAACUACUCACCCUUCUCCCCCGCCGACGUCACCAGCGUGAAAUGCGCAUGCGCGGCACUGCUCCGCGCGCAAAAUGUCCAUAGGAAAGCCUUUUUCAAUGCUUUCCUAUGGACGCUCUGCGUGAUUGAGGCAUAAUAUGAGAGGCUGGCUUAACCCCAGAUGUAAACAUAGCAGUUUCUCAGAAACUGCUAUGUUUACAUCAGGCAGGGUUAACCCUAGAGGGACCUGACACCCAGACCACUUCAUUGAGCUGAAGUGGUCUGGGUGACUAUAGUAUCCCUUUAAAAAGGACACC